AUGAAUAGAGAGAAAUACAUACAAUCAUUUGCUUGUGGUCAACCGAAAGUUUUCCAAUUGCCAAGUAUUAAACAACUGUUGUAUGGAGACUUGUCAUCAUGUAGAACCAAUCAUAAUACGAAACAAGAGGAAACUAAUGGUUAUCAUCCAGUCAUGCAAGGUCAGACAUGUCACCAACCUUUCUCUACAUGUUCAACUAAAUGCAUGCCACUCCAAUUACAUGAAACUUCUCCACAAGUAACUUAUUCGAAACCACAGCUGGAAGUUAAACGACUCGAACAUCAAGUAAGAAUUAUGGAAUCUCUUGUGAAGAAACAAGCAAAGGUAAUUGAAGAUUUGGAAAAUGAAAAGAAGAGAAAGUUGAAGGAAAUUGAAAGACAACUCGAAAGUCAACCAAAGAAACUAAAGCAAACUAAAUCAAAUUCCUUCAUAUUUAAAACAUGCUUAUUAGAAAACAAAGAUAAUUCAGAAGAAGAAACGUCAAUCUUGGACGAUUUAAAUAAUCAUACGGUAACUUGGAAAAACGAGACUUUCGUAUUAAUUGAUGCCUUUAAAAACCGAAACAAAAUCCUCAAUUAUUUCAUUCCACUCUAUCAAAGUCAAUUCCCAAAUAAGAAAUGUAAAUUAGUUCUUUCAAGUGAAGAAUAUAGAAAGCUAUUUAAGGAAAAUUCACAUCGGAGUCAAUCAGAGAGGAAACACGCUUGGAGAAUUUCAAUUUUCACUUUGGAUUUCUAUAAUUUCGUAAAGAAUCAAAUGUAA